UGGCAGAAUGUUUCGCUCAGCUUACCAGAAGGGUUUCCUCACUGUAUUUUACAGCGUGGGUAGCUCUCCGUUGAACAAUUGGUCCUCCUAUACCAAAAACGGCUACAUUAAACGCAUUUACGAUGAGGAUAUAAAGUCCCUGGUGCUGGAGAUUAUGGGCUCGAAUGUGUCUACAACAUUUAUACAUUGUCCCAGUGAAUGCAAGGAGCAGCUGGGCAUAAAGCUCCCCUUUUUGGUGCUCUUGAUAAAGAAUAUGCACAAGUAUUUCUGCUUCGAGGUCAAGAUACAAGACGACCAGCGCUUUAUGCGUCGUUUCCGAGUGUCCAACUUUCAGAGCAAGACUUCAGUGAAACCAUUUUGCACAGCAAUGCCCAUGGGAAUGUCCCCUGGUUGGAAUCAAAUCCAGUUCAACCUGGCCGACUUUACGCGCCGUGCUUACGGGUCAAACUACCUGGAGACAGUUUCGCUGCAACUGCAUGCCAACAUUCGGAUUCGACGCAUCUACUUCGCCGACAAACUUUACACGGAGGCAGAACUACCCAAUGAGUACCGCCUUAUGGGCAAGCCGAAAGACCUUAAGAAACCGGAGAAGCAGUUCAAAGUUCAAGCCUCUGCUCGUCCACCUUCUCCGCUGAACACGGCCCGCGGUGAGGGUGGUCCUUCCAAGUCCGAGCCAGAGCCCGCUGCAAGCGCUCCUAGUGCACCAAGUAUGCCCAGCGAGCCAGAACUAGCUCCACAGAAGGCGCCCUCGCCGCCACCCUCAGCUCCGUCGGAGGCCGCUCCAGAAGAGCCGCCUGCACAAACGGAGGCCACCGAGGAGGCCUACUACUAAUUUGGCUUCAUAGUGUUAAUAUUUUUUUGUUACUUUCAAUUAGUUGACAGAACCUCGGAUGCAAAGUGGAGGCAAACUCUUAAAUUUGCAGUCGUACUGAAUAAUGCUUGAUUAAAGCCCACUUGGACUUUA